AUGCAGCUGGGUGACCUGACGGUGCGCUUCGCUACCAUCAACAGCCAGCCAACGAUACGUCUGGACACUCCGUCCGGACGAUUGACCUUGUCCGCACCGACGGUGCGCUUCCUAUACGGAUUGCGGCACUGCGUCCAGCGCGUGAUCGCCACGAUGACCGGUGUCGUCGGACGCGCCGAGGCUAAACUUCGCGCCUUCAGGCACAUCGCCGCGGGUGUGGAAGAUCCUUCCAGCGUUCUCAGGGCCAUAAGCGGCAGCGCGGACUUCGACCGGAACGAUCUGCUCGAUUGCGAACUGCUAGUUAUGCUGAGUCCGAAUGAUGCUUUAGUAAAAUGGGAGUACUUUCAGAUUUUGCAUAAUAAAGACAAAACAUUACCAGCUGAAAUGCGUGUAUGUCCCAAAUUAACAAUAAAUCAUUUGAUACUCACCAACAUGGCUAAAAUGAGAGUUCCAUUAGCUGCUCAAAUUUUAGAAGAGUCUCUUAACAAAUUAAAUACUUGGGAGCAACACGUUCAAAAUGGUGACAUUUCAGAAAAAAAGUUUUUGACGAGACAGACUGCAGAUGGGCUUCGAGUGACUAUAAAAUCAACACUCGAUAUAGUGAAUUAUUUAACACUUGAUGCUGGUUUCGAUUCUGUUUUAACAGGAAGAUUGAAUCAAGAUUCAUUGGAGGUUUUUCUUAAUCCUUUAAAGCCAAACGAACAAAUUGUUUACUGGAAUAAUUAAUUUCUACAGUUAUUUCAAAUGGAUAUCUAUUAACAUUAAAUAAUUAAACAUCGAUGUUGAUUUAUAAUCGAAUGAUUUCACUAUUCUGCAGGAAAUGAGUUGUAUUAGACUGACAAACUUCAUCAGUGCACACUUUAAUGAGUAAGAAAAAGUAUAAAAAGUCACACACAAAGAAAAAGUACACUAUUUUUGAUUAUAUGACCACCAAGAUUUGUUAGUUAUGUCGAACAAAUAAUUCAUUACUUAUAUCUUUUUUUAAAUUGUAUAUAUCUGGAUUUUAGAACUAACAAAACAUAUAUAAUAUAUAAAUAUAUACUAUAUUUUUGUGAUAGUUCUAAAAGUUUAUUACAGAAUAUACUUGUAGCAUUAUUUUUAUUAUAAUUGUUUUAAUAUAUAAAUGUUUCUAUAUAUUUGUUAUAGAGAUUUUUUGGCUCAAUAAGACAAGCAGCAGGGUCUAAUGACCAUCCUGGAAUCACUACUUUUCUUCAAUCAUACAAAAUUUUGAGUACUUUAAGCAUGCUUAAGCCUCCGCGUUAUGGAAAUUGUUCAGUCAUAGAAGAUUCAAAACCUUUAAUCUCAAUAUCUGAUAUAAAACAGUUAUAUCAAAAGUCAAACAAAAAGUCAUUAAUGAAAUUAAAAAAAAAAUUAAAUCAUGCUAUUGAUAACAAUGAAUGGACUUUUCAGGAUUACAUGACAGAACAUGAUUAUUAUCGACCUGAAGUUACAGAUUGUAUUGUAUAUUAUAUUAUACAACGGGAUAUUUAUAUAACUAUAUAUCUAAAUACAUAAAGUGUGACAUAUGUAGGAAUGCAUUUACUGAUCCUACAGCAUGUAGUCCUUUUCCUGCGGCACUAUUAACAAAUAUAAAAAGUGAUGGUUACUUAACGCAUCCAAAUUUAAAGAUGUUCAGAUUUAUAAAAUAUUUAGAAACCUUAUUUUCUAAAUAUUGUAAUCGUACUGAUGUGUAUGAUAUAAUUAUAGAACAUAUUUAUACAGAUGAUUUAUCUUUCCCAUAUGAAGAACAUGGUGAUAUUGUUCUAUCGAAAAUAAUAGAUUUUUAUAUUGG